AUGGAUUUCUCCAACCUCAAAGACCAGGUCAGCAACCUGUCCUUGUAUGACCUCAAGGCGGGUGUUCGCAAAGUGCAAAAUGCCGUUAUGAACUAUACCGAGAUGGAAUCCAAGGUUCGGGAAGCUACAAACAAUGAACCUUGGGGUGCGUCGACUACGUUGAUGCAGGACAUUGCCAAUGGAACACAUAGCUACCAAUUGCUCAAUGAGAUCAUGCCCCUGAUUUACAAACGAUUCACCGACAAGAGCGCGGAGGAAUGGCGACAGAUCUACAAGAGUCUUCAGCUACUCGAAUUCCUUGUUAAGAAUGGUUCCGAACGAAUUGUUGACGAUGCACGAUCCCAUCUAUCGCUCAUUCGGAUGCUCCGGCAAUUCCACUAUAUCGAUGCGAACGGCAAGGACCAGGGUAUCAACGUGCGCAAUCGGUCUUCUGAAUUGGUGAAAUUGUUGGGCGAUGUGGAUCAGAUUCGCAAUGAACGGAAGAAGGCCAAGAACAACCGCAACAAGUUCAGCGGGUUUGAAGGUGGCAUGGGUUCUAGCGGCAGCGGUGGAAUGUCCAGCUCUGGCCGGUAUGGAGGCUUUGGCAGCGACAGUGCGGGGUAUGGUGGAUAUAGUGGAGGUGUCUUCGGGGAUGGCGGCGGCUUCGGUGGUGAAUCCCAGAGCGACUUCCAGGACACCGGACGACGGUCCAAUCGAUUCGAUGAAUAUGACGAGUAUGAUGGAGCGGAUGCCCCCACGCGCUCGCGCGAAAAGCCCGCAGCAAAGAAGCCAGAGCCGGCUCCUGCGCCUGUAGCGGACCUAUUCGAUUUCGGCGACGACGAGCCUGUCGCUACGACAACCUCCACUGCUGCGGGCAAGCAGCCCGCCGGCAGUGCUCUCAACAUGCUCGACCCAACCCCAGCUGAUGAUGAUGAUUUCGACGACUUCCAGUCCGCAACACCGGCUGUCCAACCUACUCAAUCCGCGCCAAACUUCGGCAUCCCGCCGCCAGCAUCUACUGCCAGUACAACUGCUAGCACACAAUUCGUUGCACCUCAGCCAAUCUCAGCCUCGCAGGGCGCCAACAUCAACGGCCUGGUUGGAUUCACGUCAGCACCUCCCACCCCAUCGUCCAGCGGGCUUACCUCUCCCACCUCGCAAGCUCCAAUGCAACCCAAGCCUUCAGGCUACCAAGCUGCCACGCCCAACUACUUCACCUCAAUCAACACCAACAUCUCCCAACAGUCCGGGUCUUCCCACGCUGCAUCCCCAUCCCUGUCCUCCGUGACAUCCCCCACAGCAAAGCCCGCCGCACCAGCAGCAACCAAGAAGACCUCCGGCGACGCCUUCGGCUCACUGUGGUCAACCGCCAGUGCCAGCGCCGGCAUCCAGAAAACAAACACAGGCUCCAACAAGGGCCCCAACCUCGCCAGCAUGGCCAAGGAAAAGGCCAGCGCCGGUAUCUGGGGCGCCCCUACCGGCACUAACGUAUCAAGCCAGAGCCAGCCACCGCAAAAGCAGUCCAGCUCGGCUUUUGAUGAUCUACUUGGUUGA